CCUUACCGCCACUGCCAAAAUCACAGCACCAUGCUCAGGCCUAGCAUAGCCAGGAAGGUCCUUCGGGUCCGCUCGGCCAGGCUGGGAUACAGGGGUCUGCAUGCCCCUCUGCCGUCUGAACAUCCUUCCGAACCCCCCAUCGCUACUCGAUUCCCUUUGUACCGACGCGAAGAGUUUCAGAGGGAGCCACCCAUCACCCAGGCAAUGAUUGACUCAUUGCCCACUGAUGAAGGCCUCUCUCGACAGCUGAAACGCAAAGUCACUAAGAAAGCAGUAGAGGAUAUUCCCGAAUGGUCCGAGGAGGAUUUGCGGGCCUUCUACCUUGAUCUGGUCAAGACUGGGGUCAAAGAAGGAGAGAGUCUGGAAGCUAUCAAAGCCCCUGAGAACCAGGUCGAAUUAUUGAGCGACGAACAGAGACGAAGCACAUUGGCGAAGAUGUCGUCGAGGCUAUUGGGCCAAGGCCAAGGCCAAGGCCACUCCAAUGAGGCCUCCAGUCUUCCGCCAGUGCACCGGGGAAAAGUCUCGUUCGCAAGACUGCCUUAUGCAAUCUUAGAGUCAUUGGCACCUCUGGCCAUCCUCAGCGGACCGAGUGAGACCAGCAAAGGCAAGGCCGUCGAAGACGUGGCUGCGAGGCUUGAUGUUCCUCUGGGGCUGGUUAGCAACACCGAAUGGAGUGCUCUCUUUCAAGAGCUUAUACAAAGACAAGAUGCCGUCGCGGCCGAGGCCGUGCUGGAUCUCAUGAACGUCAGUAAAUUUCUUCUGCUCGCAAAUCUACUGGCUGACGAGCUAAAGGCUCAUGGGAUGCCCGUGGACUCGCACCUGAUUGACGAGAUCAUGCAUGUGCAUGCUAUGCAAGGGCGUCCGGAUGAGGUCAAACGCCUUGUGCUGGAAGUUGCCGCUGCUGGAGACGCCAUUCUCCCUGUCCAUCAGGACAAGAUAGUCUUGUCCCUCUUGCAACAAUCUCCAUCCGAUGCCCGCCCUGCUAUCGCCCACCUUCUACAGGCCGAAGAAGCAGCAACCCCCUUCCCGCAAUCUUCAUACCAACUCGCCAUAUCCCACCUCACUACCCCCUCCCCAGACGUCCAUCCCAACGCCCAUACGCGCUCCCUCGCUUGGGAUCUCUUUGCCCAUAUGCGACUGAAGGCCCAUCCAACACCUACGAGAGAAAUGUACGCUACGAUGAUCAGGAGCUGCGGGGACGCCAAUCAGCCUCAGCCGGAGAGAGCUCGAGAUCUUUGGCUCGAAAUGACUCAGCAGGAGAGAAUGGAGCCGAACGGUGAGGGCUACAAUGCCAUCAUUCGAGCUUUGGGGAGCACCAAGAAGGAUUAUCUCGAAGCUUUUGAUCUCUUACGCCAAAUGCUUGUCAAGCACAAUGACGCAACCUUCGUGCCCUUUGAAGACGACAAUGGCAUUCCUCGCUUCAGCAACUUUGUCCCCACUCUCGAAACUUUCAACGCCGUAAUGGAAGGCGCCAAGCGAGCCGGUGAUAUCAAUCGGGCGAGAUGGGUAUUGACAGAAGUGCUCAAGCUCUCCAGGGCUGGACAGGCCUUGCAGGUGGCAGUAUGGAAGGAUGGAGCGGACGAGAGCCUUUUGUCGGCCGUUUUCAUGACGUACGCAGCGUGGAAACCAGUCGUAAAGAAGCAGGGACUCAAGCUGAGGACUGGCGGUGAGGCUGAGUCGGGCGAUGCUGCCGCCGAAGCUGCUGUGGACGAUGCGAGCAAAGAAGCAGCUCACCUCGAUGUGGAUGUCUUGCAGGAUGUCGAAGAUGUCGUCACCCAAGAGCCGCUCAUGGACGAACUUACCCUCGAUGAGCCUCCUGUCUCCACUCCUACGACACCGUUGUCCAGCGCGGACGCUUUACGCGAGUGUACCUCCCUCUUCAAACGCAUCCUCUCCGACAACGAAGCUGUUCGCGAAGGCAGUAACGAUUUCCUUCCUUUCAAAAGUGUCCGUCUAUCACCAAGGUUGAUCAAUUCAUAUUUGUCUGUGCACCUGGUGCACGGUACAUCUUUGAUAGGCCUCAAGAAGGUGCAUGACGAGGCUUGGCAAGAUGCUGCUAAAACGUCCAUGUCUUCCGUCGAGCCCAAUGGGUGGUCAUAUAUGUUCCUCUUGGAGAAAUGUUCUUCUGGAGCUCGAGUCAUAUCUCCUGCUGAACGACCCCUGGCCGUGUCAUGGGGACGAGAGCUCUGGUCUUCUUACCUCUCGUCCUACUCUACCGCAUCUUCCUAUCUUGAAAGAAACUAUACCGCCGAACACCCUCUUGCCAAAGCUCGCAAGAGGUGGAUUAUGGGCCUUGGAGACAGACAGGUAGAAAGGGUUUGGAAAGCUGCCAUCAAACUGGAGAGUGUGCAUGGGGAUGUGGAUCAGGCGCUGAAGAUCCUGGAAGACUUUGUGAGAAGAUUCCCAGCGGAGGAGAUAAGCCGGUCAUAUAAGCCUAUACCAGAGGCAGGCCUUUCGAUCAGGAUGGCCCUUCCCAGUGCCACCCCGGAGGCUGACGUCCCCCCGCUAUUGCUAUUCAGCGAUGUCCAAGCUCUUCAUCAAAGAUUGGUAAAGGAGAAGCGAUUCGGGUCCGUUCGGAGGCUGAAAUGGGUGGUUGAAGGAUAUACAGGAGCGCUAGCCAAGAGGCGGAAAUGGAGGAUGAAGGGAGUAGCACAGGGUAGAGAGAGAAUGGCGGAAAAGAGACACCGACGUGGAACAUAUGGAGCGGUCGAGGGGGAGCACUCGGAAGAAUUGAACUAG